AAAAACUGGGUUGUGUCAUUACUGCAACACUAGCUACUCUGUACUACUAUUACUACUACUACUACUACAUAUAAGUACUAGUUAUAAUACCCUUAAUAAUUACACAUUUAGCAUCACUUGUUUUUCCCUUAUCAUAGCAGGGCCUAAUUAACCGAAAUUUUACACUGUCUUCCCGAAAAGUAAACGUUGUGGUUGUGUCAAACAUAUAAAUAAAUAAACAAACAAAUAAAUAAUUCAGGAUGUACUGCUUGACUGUGACAUAGCUCCACAGUUAUUUAUUAAUCGUGUUUGAUAGCUGUCAGGAUGGGAUCCAGCCAGGACAAUACACAGUACACUGUAGGCUAUAGGCCUACUGUUUAACACGUGGGUCAGUGUAGACAAAAGAUAUAAUAAAAACUAUGUUUUAAGGGUGACUGCUUAAAAAAACAAAGCAAUUCAUUCUUGGGUGUAGUGUUAUCCAUUAUCUAACUGAAUGGUUUUAAUACACAGACACACCACUUAACCGUGUGAGUUUCAGUGACUGUAUCCUAUUACAAAGCUGACAUCCCCUGUGGUGCAUGUCUGAAAACCUCCAAGGAGAACUAGGACUGAAGGGCGCAGAGCUCCCAUUUUAGGCUAAAGCCGCCAGGUAAGUACAUUUCUUUCUUUUCAUUUUUUUUUGUUUAUGUUUAUUCUGUUUAUGAUGAAAGUAUUUUUUCAAAUUAGAACAAUGAACAUUCAGAGUCUGAAUUGUGUUUUUGUUUCCUAGACAUUUCUACUAUGAAUACGUUGUUUUAUAUGGUGUAUUUAUUUGUAACAAGCACAGACAUGGCUUUUCCCCAGCAGAUAAUAAAUAUCAAAUUUUGGUUUGCUUCAUUGUGGGUUUAAGUGUGUGUGUGUGUGUAGCUUUUUCACAGUAAUAAAAUAACCAGAUUCUAUUUAUUAAGUGUGACAGUGAAAAGCAGGAUACAUAAUAACUGAUCUGAUAACCUUUUUUUAACAUAGUGAAUAGACACGAGUACAAGCUAUGGGUAUGUUUACCUUUAUGUAAUAUAAUCUCUUGUCAAUAUAUGUGGUACCCCGAAUACAUUACAUGUGCAGUACAAGUCUGAUGUAACUGGCCAACUGCUAUUCUCUCCUAAAGGUGAUCUGGCAAAAAUGAUGAUGUCAAAAAUAGACAGGCCACCACCUUAUGAGGAUGCCCUGCACCAUUCUAAGUUUGAAAACUACCCCCACCAGCCACAACAUGGCUCUCCUCUUCCACCACCUCCAUCUUACAGCCCCAGUCCUGGCCCGCCUGGCUACUGGGCCCAGGAGGCCGUCUACCCACAGGCUGGCAUGUGGGCAACUCCAAUGUUUUCUCCAGCUGCGAUGCCUAACACAAUACCGACUCUGUCUGCUGGAGUGCCUGUUUCCAACCCAGGAGACAUGGAGGAUUUUCUGAGCUCCCAGUGGGAAAGCACAUCUAUUCGGCAUGCCUUCAUCAGAAAGGUUUACUUAAUUUUAGCAGCACAGCUUGGCGUCACUUUUUCAGUAGUCGCUGUCUUUACGUUUGUUGAGCCAGUGAGGCAGUUCGUCAUCAGAUACCCUGGCAUCUACUGGGCAUCUUUUGCGGUUUAUUUUGUGGUGUACUGCAUUCUCAUCUGCUGCAAACAGCCGAGGAGGCGUUUUCCAUGGAACUGUGUACUGCUGGGAAUAUUUACUGUUGCUAUGUCUUACAUGGCUGGAACUGUUUCGAGCUAUUAUGAAACAAAAGCAGUGUUUCUCGCCAUGGGAAUGACAGCAGUAGUUUGUGUAGCUGUCACAAUCUUCUGCUUCCAAACCAAGGUGGACUUCACCUCCUGCGGGGGAUUUCUCUGUAUUGCUGCUGUUUUGCUCAUGAUCAUUGGGGUGGUUACAGCCAUCGUCCUCUCCUUUCAAUAUGUGAGGACUCUGGUCAAAUCCUUUAAUUUAUUCUCUCUACUCGUGUUUCUCAGUGUAAGGAGUAGCACCUCAGUAGGGUGUAUCUCUGUGACUGAUUUCACAUUCAAAGGCCUUUCUGUGGUCACUCAACAGGUCCCUUGGCUGCAUAUGCUCUACGCUGCAAUUGGAGCCAUUGUUUACACUCUGUUUUUAAUAUACAACACCCAGCUUCUUAUUGGAAACCGGGAACUGGCCAUCAGCCCUGAGGAGUACAUCUACGGAGCUCUCUCCCUUUACGUUGACAUUGUUCACAUCUUCCUCUUCAUCCUCCAAGUCAGUGGAAAUGUGAAUGAAUAAGCCCAUGGUUAUAACAUGUUGUCAGUUGAAGACUUUGUGCUUGCAUAGUGCUACAUGCACAUGUGUGUAAGUUAGGAUGCAUGAUUACCAACUAUCAAUGUUGAAAUUCUUAUGUUAACAGCACUUUGAUUUGCAUGGCUUGAAGCAGGGCAGUGGAUUUAAGGCUUUUUAUUUUUAUCCAAGUGUGAAUGAGAGCGACACUAAAGCUUUGCAUUCUGUAUAGUUGUAAUUAAACAUUUUCCCUUUUUAGUUUUAGGAAGUGGCAUUUUAGCAGAUCCAGAGAAAAUGUACAUAGUCUGACAUAUUACCUCUGUAAAACUUAAUCAUUAAUGAAUUAACAGGCAAAACAGUGGGAUCCUUACUAAGAGGAACUAAAAAAAAGACAAAUGAUCAUUAGUUUUUUUUUUUUUAUUGUGUGUUUAGC